AUGGCGGCGUAUUUUGGCGGACGCGGCGCUUCAAGUCGUUUACAUGACGAUGAGAUCAUACAAGUGUCGGGUGACGGUAAUGAUUCCGAUAUCGAGAUUUUUAAUGACUCCGGCGACGAGGAACCAUUUUUUGGCUCUGCUGUCUUCGACAAUCUAGGUGACGAUGAUUUGCCCGAAGAACUUGCUGAAAAUCAAAGAUAUGACCAGGUGGAAGACAGUCCAGCACCAGAUCAGUCCAUACCAGCACCUACUGUUGUAGCACCAACCACUGAACGUCUGAGUCGCUCGGGUUCCCGCCCUCGCCGCUGGAGAGUUACUUCGUUUGAAGAUAAGCAGCAUAUGUACCCUGCACGAGCUGUUAAAUCGGCGACAAAUCCGUUGUGGAAAGUCCAACCUAUGAUAAAUCAAGUUCGAAAUGGUUGUUACAAGCAAGAAAGGAUUCCAGGAUACUACUCUAUUGAUGAGCAGAUGAUCCCAUUCACUGGUCGAUGCCCAUUGAGACAAGUUGUUAAAAAUAAACCACGACCAGUUGGUCUCAAAAACUAUGUCUUGACAACAAGUGAUGGGCUUAUGUUAGACUUUGACAUUUAUCAAGGAGCUAAGGACAAUGUCUGGCAACAC